GUCAACUUCCAUUCUAUUAGUCUAUAGCCUGGACUGACCAUCAUCGGGACUAGGAGCCAGGGGCGGACUGACAACUCAUGGGGCCCCCAGGCAAGAGGGGAUCAUGGGGCCCCUGUGUCCUUGCCCAAACUCAAAAAAAGCCUAUGAAAAAGGUAACAGGGGCAUCUCAUGGGGCCCCCUACUGACCCUGGGCCCUCGGGCAGUGCCCAAGUUUCCAAAUGGUCAGUCCGCCCCUGCUAGG